AGUCAACACUACUUGUAAGUGGUCUUACAAGACAAAAGUGAUACACUUGCGAUACUUUGUGUUAUAGAAUAAAGCUGGUCUUACAACAUUUCUUCUGGAUUUCUACUUGCCUUGCACUAAAAAGUGAAAGCGGAAAGAAGAAGAAAGUCAAUUCUGUGGAGAGGGCAGCAGAAGAGGGACUUUUGGACAUUCGCAAACUCUUGAAAUUGGGGAAAACAAAAAUGGUGCUAAAAGUUUGUAUCUUUCUUCAUGGUAUGGCCUGCUGGUAUGGCAUCUUAACACUACAAACACUCCACUCUGUGCCUAAGGUAAUGUCCAGCACCAGCAGAGAGAGAGAGAGACAGAGAGAGUUUGUCUUGAAAACAGUUUGCAGAAAGGGCUUUGGACUUUUGCAGGCUAAAUCCCUCUCUUAGAUUCCUUUUUCCUUUCGUCCUUUUAUUGUUCCUAGAGGUUCUUCUUUGCCAUUUUUCAGUUCUCCCAUUGGUCUCCUCAUAAGUCAUAAUACUCUGCACCCUCUCUGGCUCUCCUUCACUCUGUUUCUCACUCCCCUGCAUUCUGCUUCUCCAUUGAAGGAACCCAUUUCUCGUGGAGCAAUGAGGAAGAAAUGAAACUCCAAACCAAACCCACGAAACCCUUCUCUUCUCCUUUCUAGAUACCAUUUUCCUACCCACAUUACUCCUCAGCGUCCACUCCAAUUCCAUUUCCCCUGCCAUUUGCUUCUCCUCCAAACAACCAAAUGUCGAUGCCACUAGGCCAGCAGCAGCAGCCCGACAUAGGCGUGGAGCCUUUCGCCAUCCACUCAUCGUCUUCGUCGUCUCAUGCUUCGAUCGGGCCGGUCAUCGCUGUGCUGGUAGUGAUCAUGAUACUCGGCAUUGUGGCAGGGAUGAUAGGGAGGCUGUGUUCUGGGAGGACUAUUUUUGGUUAUGGUGAUUAUGAUAUAGAAAGCUGGGCUGAGACCAAAUUCUCAUCUUGCAUUGAUGGAAGGAUUACCACCAGCAACACUCCACCGCCGACGGGCGUCACAAGGGAUCCACAAUCGGGUGACAAUGCAGUAGCUUCCCCUGCUACCACUACUCCUACUCCCACUCAUGAUCAUGAAGAAGAAGAAGAAGAAGAAGAAGAUGAAGAUGAUGAUGAUGAUGAAACAAAUGCAGCUGCUUAAACCUCAACUUCCACUCUAAUUACUUCUCACUAUUUUGGGUUCUGGGAAUCAUUGUUGAUUGUUUAACCAUUGAAUGAAUGGUCUUGUUACUU